AUGAAUAAAAUUCAGAAGAUCAAUGACGCAGAACUACAAAGUGGAAUUCUCAGCCCGCAUCAUUCAUGGCAUAACGAAUAUAAAGAUAAUGCCUACAUAUAUAUUGGAAACCUGAACAGAGAAUUAACGGAAGGAGACAUACUAACAGUAUUUUCAGAAUAUGGAGUACCUGUAGAUAUAAUAAUUAGUAGGGAUGAAAAUACAGGGGAAUCACAAGGCUAUGCUUAUUUAAAAUAUGAGGACCAAAGGUCAACGAUCCUCGCAGUUGAUAAUCUAAAUGGAUAUAAAAUCGGUGAGAGAGCCCUAAAAGUCGAUCAUACCUUUUAUAGGCCAAAAAAGAGUUUACAAAAGUACUAUGAAGCUGUGAAGAAAGAGCUAGAACGAGAUAUAGUACUUAGUGACGACGAUAAGAAGCUGCUUAUAUCAACUAAAAAUGACCAAUCAGAAUAA